GUCAACAUUUGCAACCAGUCUUACGAAGUUGCAAUACUGGUUACAUAUUCAAGGCCAUAAAUGGUAUUAAUUUCUGACGUACUAUUAUUUCUUAAUGUUAUUAUAAUUAUCAUUAUAUUGUAAUAAUUUAUAGUACUACAAUAGUGAUGAGUCAAAAAGUUCUUGCUAAACAAAAAUAAGGAAUCCAAUUUUUGUUAGACAAGGAUGUUGAAGAUAUUGAAGAAGCAGUGCAGUAGCAGCUACUAGUGCAGUGCGGGUGUGGCAACAGUGUAAGAUUUACGUAACCGGUUGAAGUUCUGUUGAGUGUUGAGUUAAGCUGCUCACAUUUUUUAAAAAAGAUUCAAUUUUAGAUCAAAACUGUAGAAAAUGAGUGCUUGGAGAGCAGCAGGUCUCAACUACAUCAACUAUUCCAAUAUUGCCGCUAAAAUGUUGAGGCAAGCCUUAAAAUCUGACAUCAGGGCAGAGGCAAUGAAGCGAGCUGAUACCCACAUUAAAGUCACAAAGUGGGAGAAUGGAAAGCCCAUCAAAGAAUCAACCUGGUAACCUUCAAUAGUAUAAGUUUCAAAUGAUAUAGCUUUAUGGUCAUAAAAUGUGUCUGUGGUCAAUAAAUUGUUAUUAAUUUGUUCAAAAUGUAUUUUAUUGAUUUUAACCACCAGAUUACAAAAUAUGUUUAGAUCCUGCUAUGACAGAUGCUUUAGAUUAUCUAUAUUCAACCA